UCCAGGCGGAGGUUAGAUCAAGUUUUGGGUCUCACUGAAGCCGUGGACAACGACUUUCUUCUUCUUUACUUUGAGAAUAAUAAACGUCGCUCUGGAGGCGGGGCCAUACAAUCCUUCUCCAGGAACGGGUCGGCGGCACUGAUCACAUUCUCCAAUCCUGGAGAUGCGGAGGGGUGUCUUGUCUAAGGGGGAGCACCUCUUACAUCAUGUGACCGUUCAGGUGAGGCUUCCUCCUCCGUGGGAUCCAGAAAGGUGGCUCUGUGCGGUGUGGAUCCGCCCGGACACGACAGAGGUUGUCCUGGAAUUGUAUGUGGAAGCCGUGAGCGGCCCGGGCAGAGUUCAGCAUUGAGCGCUCUGCAGACAAGACCUCAGUCCUCGUGUCCUUCCAGGAAGAGCUGAGCCAAGAAGAUCUUCACCGUUUAUUCACUCGAGUGGAAGAAAAGAAAUUACACGAUCGAUCGAUCUCUGCGCUCGUGUCCGGGCCAGUGGGGAAAUCCUGGUGGAAAAUAUUGGGACUCAAAUACCAAUGGAGCUUCUGGAGAUGUACUUUGAGAGUAAGCGCAGUGGAGGCGGUGCGUUGAGGUCCGUGAUCUUCCUGAAGGAGAAAUCUGCCGCAGUGGUCUCUUUCUGUGACUGGAAUGUGGUGGAUCAGGUCCUCUGCAGACAACACACCCUACAGAACUGUCAGCUCUCUGUCUCCAGAUACUAUCCUGAUCUGUUGGGAAGUCCAAGCAAUAACCCCACCCAAGAGAGAGAAAUGGAGGUCAAAGAGCCUACAAAGAUUCAUGAAACCAUGAACAUGCAGCAGAGCAGCAGCAAGUCCUUGAUGAGGACACAGAGGAGCCGAGUAUUCAAGGAAACAAUGAGAAGAUGGAUGGAGUGGAACUAUGUGAUGUAGUGGAGGAGCCUCGGGACCAUACACAUUAUUUUGAGAGUUCAGAGAUACCACAGACUACAUCAGAGAUGCCACAAGUAGGACUCCAUUCCCAGGUAAUGGGUUUCCACUGGAACAAGAUAUGAUGAGCAUGGCAUCUUUAAGGACACUACACUCCCCAGACAAAGAUGAAGCUGAGGACCGGGACAGUCUUCCUAGUCCUUUAAGAACCUCCAUGUCUUUGGGAGAUGAGAGGAGAAGGGCAUCUGAUGUACGUGAAGCAGAAGUUGUCAUGGAAGCAGCUGAGCUGUACUUCAUGCAGAGAUAUCAUCAUGAACUUCUGGCUGGAAUGGACGCAGUGACAAUCUUCCCACUGGAAGAGGACGGCAAGUUUGGCUUCAAGGUGGUGGGUGACGCUUUCUCAUGUAGGACAGCAGUGGAACUUCUGCAGCACGUCUUGUCUUCUCUCUCCUCCCGCAACAUCACACUGGAGUACCCUUGGGUGUCACAUUUUCUGUUGGGGAGUAAAGGGCAGCACAUCCUGGGUGACACCGAGAAGCAGCAUCAGUGUAUCAUUGACACCUCCCUGAUCUCCCGGAAUGUUCUAGAUUGUAAGGACAUCGAUCCCUGGAGUUUUGUCCAUGACUCAGUGGCUAUCGCGGCGUCUCCUGUCCAGUCUAUGGUCACGGAUGAGGUGUCAGACAAUCGGCUGCUCCAUGCUGAUAUGGAAGGAAUAAAGAUGUUUGCCUCCCUUUUGAAGAGUGAAGAGAAACCCAAUGACAUCCCAUCUAGUGAAAGCUCAACAACUCUUGGCCAGAAAAUCCAUGAGGAGGAUUCAGAGGAAGACUUGUAUACAGACAGUUCCUCGAAGGAGUAUGACUUGACAACCUCCGAGGUGAAGGAUGAAGAACUGGACCAAGUGUGUCAAUUGUCCCGGAAGGAGUUCCAAGACAGAGAACUGGAUGAAGAAGCUCAGCUACUCCUGGCCAUCCAGAGAUCGAUGGAUACUCAGGGGCCCUCUGUACAGGAGGAGGAUGAGGAGCUCCAGAGAGUAUUGGAAUUGUCACUCAUUCAGCACCAAAGUGAGGAUGCUGAAGAAUCUUUCCAAAGAGCCCUGGAAAUGUCUCUCCACGACCAGAAGGCACACGGCUAUUCUAGACCAAUGGGAAUGCUACAAAGUCCGGUUUACUUCAGUGAAGCUGAGGCUACAUUAGGCAUGGCCCAGAUUAGAGUUCUUGCUGGAGAUGAGACCAGUAUAGUGGUGGCAGGUGCAGCCCUCCGCAAGGCCAUAACCUCAAAAUUGAACACGGUCACCUUUGGUGGAAUGGAUGACGCCCAGAACAUUUCACAGAUCCUGGACGCCCUGGAGAAGAAGCAUAAGGUGAAAAUUACAAAGUAUGGAAGAGAGCUACAAAUCCAGGGCUUUCUACAUGGUCCUAGCCAGUGCCGGCAGGAGAUGAGUGAGAUCCUUAAUGUUCUCCAGGCCAGAGCCCAGGCCAAGGCAGAUGUGAUGGAUCUGGACAUAGAAGCAGAUGUAGAAAUGAUUGAUGUGCAAGACACCUCAGAGGAAUAUCAGCUGGUCACCCAACCCUUCCUGAAAACUCUACAGGACCUGAAACUGUCCAUUGAGAUCCUGCAGGUGCAGAAAGUUCACAAUCCUCUCCUGUACAAUCAGUAUCAGCUGAAGAAGCUGCGGAUGGUGAUGAGUGACCCCAACAUUCCGGCCGAGCGAGUUCUGUACCACGGGACCUAAACGAGACCAGCGCCAGGGAGAUCUGCCACAACGGCUUCAACCGCAGCUUCUGCGGAAAGAACG